UUAACAAAAUUCAAAAUGGACACCGGGAAAAUGUGUAAAUAAUGUUACUUUUUAUUUACACCACACCAUAAGUGUGGUAGAAUGUGUUUCUUGAAUUUUUCCUACUGGUUAUUGUUUGAAUUUUUGAAAUGUUGCAGGUGAAAAUUACUGCAGACGACUUUGGAUAUUGUAAAAGAAGAAAUGCUGGGAUUUUGGAGUUGUGCAGUGAAGGACUAGUUGACAAAUUAUCUCUUCUCGUGAAUGCUGUCGACGUGCACGAUGCAGUGGACGGUUUGAAAUCAUUGCUCGAUAAACAGAGAGAUGUGGGUCUCGACCGUAGCUGUUGCAAAUCGAUGCCAGUCAUUGGUCUUCACUUAAAUCUCACUGAAGGGAAACCCAUCUCAGAUGAAGCAGUUGUGCCUUCUCUGCUCAACAAACAAGGCUUUUUCCAAACAAAGCAUGAAAUUGCAGACAAAUUGAAGGGCGGAUCUAUAAAAAAAUCGGAGAUUGAAGUGGAAAUGCGGGCACAAGUUGAUAGAUUUAAAAACUUAACUGGAAAAUUACCGUCCUAUGUAGAUGGGCAUCAGCAUGUUCACAUCCUUCCAACAGUGUCUGAAAUCUUUGCAGAAGUCCUGACGUCGUAUGAUAUAGUUGAGACAAGAAUUCCGAAUGAACUAUUCAUACAUCAUUGUAACUGGAUUGCUCAUCCUCAAAAGAAUUUUUAUGAGGAAGUUUGUAAAAAUUCAGUUUCUGCUGCAAAAAUAUUCAAAGCAAGAGGAAUCAGCUAUUCCGACUUUUUCAUUGGCUUAAGCACAAUGGGGAGGAACAUGACAAAAUCGAAUAUUUACAGAGCAUUCGAUUGCAUAAUAGACCGUUCUCUGCCUAAUGAUCAAAGGAAAGAGCUGCUAACAAUCGAGUUUAUGGUGCAUCCUGGCUUUUCUAGUGUUUCAGAUUCUGGUGGAUGUGGAAUGGGACCUGACGAAUUUUCGCUUUCAAAUGAAAGAGAAAUGGAACUUGAGUUUUUAAAAAAUGAUUUUAGAGACAUUUUGACAAAAUAUAAGAGUAUUUUGGCGACACACGGUGACCUGACUUGAUAGCUUAUUAGAAGCACUUAGGUCCAUUGGUAUCAUUUUUAGAAUUAUUGUAUUUAGGGUUGAUCGUGAUAAGAGAUGCCUGAAAUUGAAGUUAUAUUGAAUCUAUGAUUGCAACGUGCCUUAGUUAUUUUUCUUCCUGCCGCUGUUAUAAGAAGAAUGCGUCCCCUUUUAUCUCAGCAUGUUUCUUUACUGAUUUUUGUAGCACCGGUAUUGAAAACGUAUUUCUUUCCUUUAUUGUAGUUUAAAAUGAGAUUUUACAAUAUAAUUAUCAAUAAAGAACAAUAUGACGUGGUAUUCAGAUUGAUUCUCAAAUUUAGCGAAAUUUCAGGAAGUAACAUUGUUUUAUCGAACAUAUAAACCUACAAUUUGGAAAGAACUGUUGAGAAAAACUCUUAACAGGUAUCCGGUAGCAUGUAAAGCUCAACCUCUUAACCACUAAACUCCCCCUCCCCUCCCCUCAUCAAAAGUAUAUGUAUUAUAGUAGCAGAGAUAUCAACAUUGAGCCGGGUAGGGGGCAUAAAAUCUCACCACCGCUUGCCCGGGAUCGUAAGCUAGCUGGGUUACUAGACUCUAGUUACGAAAGUCGAUAGGGAUAAGAAAAUAACUGUCAUUUUUUUAAAAAAAUUUCGCCGUUCUGUUCAUGCAUUGUUUUUCUUUAAAUCUCACGUGUCACCCACCGUACACCUCCGUUUGUUUAAUCAAGUGCAACGAAAAACAUUCGAAUCCAUUUUCCAAUGCUUGUUCAGAUGUAGGCUGGUUAAAUACCCUGGGUUAUAGAUUUUUUUAAUAAACGCACGGAAUUACACUGAGUCAGAUUUGAAUGUGGAAAUCCGUGAGUUAAAGGACCUGGAAUUCGUUUACAAAAUGCAGCCAGGUUCGGCCGAUCUUUUCUAUGCAUCUUGUUAUUUGUUAGUAUGAUUUUAACGAUAUGUUAAAAUUUGUGGUAUGAUGAAAUAAAGAAAGUAUUACAAUGAAAUUUUUUUAUCUUUCUGUUAUCAGAUAACAGAAAGAUAAAAUAUCUUCUAGCCAUAUGUGAUCGUUUUAGGUAGUUGUUUAAAUUGAAAUAUUGCAGUUGAAUCUUCAUUGAGUUUGUUGUUUCUUCAGUCAUUAUUUGUUAUAAAUUUCCGGAAUUAUAUCAAACUUUAAAAUCUUUU